GCAGUUUAUCAGCUAGAGAGCCGUCGUAUUAGUAUCUUAAGACAUUAUUUAAGAUGAUAUAAAUUUCAGAUAGAAAAAAUUCUAUCGUUUUGAAUGUAGAUUUUGGUUGGGUGAAUUCACAAAUGUGAAUAAUUUUCUAUCGUUUUUUAUUAAAAAUUUUUACCAGUGUGAUCUUGAAAUAAGAAUCGACUUGUGAAUAUUAUUGAAAGAUGGCGCUUUGAUUAUUUCCGUAAUUCUGUAUCAGCUGAUGCCAUAUGGCAUGUGUGUCCGAAGGACGAUCGUGAAUAUAUGUAUAAUUCCAACCGAAUUCCAACCAUUCCAAUUUUUUCUGUGUUCAUGAACAGUGUGUCCGAGAAGACGAUAAAGUUUUUGACAGGCCGGUUUUUAAUUAUUUCGUUUUUUUAUACACCCGGCGUUUAUUGCUAAUUAUUUUAUAUGAAAAUACGCGUAAUUAAUAGAGCACGAUUUAUACAAACGUGAUAUUAUACUUCACUCAAUUUAAUUAAAAUGAGCAGCCAAAAGACAGUACCGAAUAGUGUAAAAUUCCUCAUUGGUGGAACUUCUGGCAUGGCAGCAACAUGUUUUGUACAACCAUUGGAUUUAAUAAAGAAUCGCAUGCAAUUAAGCGGCACAAAAACGUCAACAUUAAGUGUUACAUCAUCAAUUUUAAAAAAUGAAGGUGUCCUAGCACUAUACUCAGGCUUAUCUGCUGGUUUAAUGCGACAGGCUACAUAUACUACUACUAGACUUGGCAUAUAUACUUGGCUUAUGGAACUUGCUUCAAAAGAUGCACAACCAAGUUUUGUUGUAAAGGCACUACUCGGUAUGGCGGCUGGUUGUGUCGGAGCAUUUGUAGGUACACCUGCCGAAGUAGCUUUAAUUAGGAUGACAGCAGACGGAAGACUAGCUAUUGCUGAUAGACGCAAUUACAAAAACGUGUUCGACGCAUUAUUCCGUAUAAUUAGAGAGGAAGGUCUCUUUACAUUAUGGCGCGGUGCCAUUCCUACUAUGGGACGAGCUAUGGUUGUAAACGCAGCACAGUUGGCAUCAUAUUCUCAAGCGAAACAAGCAUUGUUAGAUACAGGAUAUUUUGAGGAAAAUAUUGUAUUACACUUUGCAAGCUCUAUGAUUUCCGGUUUAGUCACCACUGCUGCCUCUAUGCCUGUAGAUAUAGCUAAAACAAGAAUUCAAAACAUGAAAACAAUAAAUGGCAAACCAGAAUUCACAGGCGCAAUUGAUGUCCUGUCCAAAGUUAUAAGACACGAAGGAUUGUUUGCAUUGUGGAAAGGAUUCUUCCCAUAUUACGCGCGUCUAGGGCCUCACACAGUCUUAACAUUCAUUUUCCUCGAGCAAAUGACCGCUGCUUAUAAAACACACUUGGCGUAGUUGCAACUGUGUGCACUUGCGGAAAGUUGUUAUUGAUGGUUUAAGUAAAAUUCUUGUCGUAGACUUGUCUUUCUCUUUGUUUUAUCGUAUAUUUUUAGAAGCAUUAUUUUUACUACGAACUUAUCAUGUAGCAUAUUUACUGUCGAAUGUUACGCACACAGUUGCAAUAUAAUUUUGUAUAAAUAUACGUAGGAUUCAUAAUUUAUCGUGUAAUAGAUAUUCGUAGCAGCGUUUACGAAAUUGGUGUAGUAAAAUUUUUAAUUUUUGGAAAAAGAAUAAUAUCAUUAUUUUUUAAUUAAAAAAUGAUACAAAGAUAAAUUUCCAUUUUAAUGUAAGUAUAGUUUAUGCAUUUUAAAUUUCCUGCCAUACAACAUAUAAUAUAUGCAAGAUAUUAAAAUAUUUUGUUAUUAUUUUGUAGAGAAAGAAAGAGAGAAUGAGCGUGUCUUAUAAGUGAUCAGAAAUUUCUCAAAUUUUUGAUUGCUGGCAAUUUACCAUAUAUUUGUCUUCAAUGAUUUCGAAUAUGCUGGCAACGUGUAUGCAAUAAUGUAUGUACAUAUAUUUUGCUUGUUCAAAGUUACUUCACGUUAUCCGCAAUAUGACAGCAUUAUGUAAUCUUAUAAAUUGAAGGAUUUCUUAUAAAACAAAGAUUAAAUUUUCAGAAAAGAAACUUCUCAUUUACAAACCAUUUAUUGUAUAAGAUAAUUUUUUUCUUAUAUAAUAGGUAUAAGAACAAAGUUGUACGCUUUGAUUAAUAUUUUGAGUUUUUUCUGAGAAUUCUUAUUUAAAAGAAAAAACUAUAAAACCGCUGAACUUAGUUGUUUUAUACAUGUAUUAACAUUAUAUUUUAUAUAUCCUAUAAAAAUCAAAUGUCUUCUUCAAAAUUUGGAUUAUAAUGCUAAAUCAUUUUCCAUCGGUAUCACACGUGAACAAUUUUGUUCUGGUAAGAAUCAAAUAGAAAAUGAAAAAUAUAAAUAGAGCAAAUAUAAAAUUCCGCAAAAACCAAACAAGUAUAGAAGUUUGUAUUAAAUCAAAAUUAAAGUUAAUUUACAUUGCGAACAAACCUGAUAUAAUGAUAAAAAUGAAAGAUAGAUUGUUUACAAUAUAAAGCAAUAAUUUUUUAUUUUUUUAUAAAUAAUCCAAUUUCAAUAUUUUUUAUACCAUUUGAAAAAGAAAGGAAAGACUUUUCUGAUGAUAUAUGUGUUAUUUCUCUACGAGGAAAAUAAUUGAGCUAUGUUCGUAAAAAUGUAAUUUUUUAUAUUUUCCCCGUUUUUUUCAACUUUAACGACAAUUUAAUAGAAUAUUUUAUUUUGUAGUAUUGUUCUUCUGAUUAUAUAUUUCAAGCGCGUUGAAUUCCGUAUGUAAUACAUUCUGGGUAAUUAAAAUUGAUAAAAAUUUGACUGAGUUAUUGAAUUUUUUAUGAAGUCAUGUCGAAUCAAGAUCGGAAUAGGAAAGCACUGUAAACAAGUCAACAAAACUUUAAACAAAGCGUACCAUGUAUGGAUCAGACACUCGAUGCUCGAUGCGUUCUACUAUUCCAAUUUUGAUUUAUGACUUCAUAAAAAAUUUAAUAACUCGAUAAAAUUUUAAUUGAUUUUAAUGACUCAGAAUGCAUUAGAUGCGGAAUUUAAUGCGUUUGAAAUAUAUGAAUAAAAGAAAAAUACUACAGAAUAAAAUAUUCUAUUAAAUGAUUAAAAUUGGAAAUAUUGAAAAAACGAAAAAUUUUACCAUAAUUUUAUCAUGGAAAGUAAUUAAUUUUGUAUCAUAUUAUUGGUAAGAUUCCAAUGAUAUGUUUGCUAUUUUCCGACCAAAAAUGACUGACAAUGAGUUACAUUCGUGAAAAUGUAAUUUUUUUUCUUUUUUUCCCCGAUAUUUCUUUAACAACAAUUUCCUCCCUUUCCAACGGCAUUAAAAAUGUUGAAAUUGGAUAAUAAAUAGUAAAGUUACCAUUUCUCAAGUACAUGCAUCUAUUUAGAAACAGUUUUUUGACAAAAAAAAACUGAUUUUGAAGGUUUAUGAAACUUGUAUACCAUAAUUUUUUGUUCCACUAGACAUACAACCUAUACUAUGUUACUUUAACAGUAUUCUACUUUUUUAAUUUUGUAACACUGUGUUAUUAUAACGGCACAAAUUUUGAAUCACAUAUUUUUAAAUCACAACAUAAAAGUUAUCGAUAAGUUGUUACCAAAAGUUGUAUUAUAAAGGCAUCAAUUUGUCAACAAAUGUUGGAAUCAUGUCACAAUUCUAUAUAAUAUAGCAACACAUAUCAAUGCGAAUGCCAGCGGGAUGACAACAAUACAAACACGUUGCUAUUUGGGUAUAUUUUAUGAAUAUACAUAUAUUAGUGGGACCAGAAACAUCGUUUUUAUAGUUAACGUAAACAGUACAUAAUUUCAUUAAUAUACAAUAAUUUAUUAUUUAUUCAAUAGUAUAAUUGCCAUCACAUAUGUAACACAAAAGCUUAUAGCAACAUUGCAGCAACGUUUGAAAAAUAAUGUCCUAUACUACCGCUAUCAGAUGAUCGCGACGCAGAGGAAGCGAGAGAGUUGUGAACACAUUUUGUUUCUUGACAAUAGCUCUGUAAUAUUAAUGCAUACAAUUCUAACCAACGCCAGUUAUUAUUAGCUGUAUUAGCCAUAGAGCUCUAUCAAUCAUCUUAUAGAUAGAACUUCAUCGGGUAUAUAAAAUGAACGUAAUUUACAAUUUAUAGAAAACAGAAAAAAAGAUAUGUUUGUGAAACAGCAGAGAGAAUCGUGCAAUAUUAACAACUAAUGUCAUGAAAAGCACUUGUAUUUGAAAAAAAAAAAAAAAAAAUUAAUGAUCUUUUGCAAAUUUUACACAAAUAAGUGCCACAAAACAAAGUUUUACAAACAUUUCAUAAAAUAUAUUUUAUUAAAAAUAAUUUUUUUGUAAAUAAUUUUUUUGGCGUAAAAAAUUUUUAAAAUAAAACUUCAAACUUUUUAAAAUAAUUUCUUAGCUUCUAAUAAAUAUUAUAAGACGUCUACAAAGAGAUUAUCACAAGAGAGAUGGAUAUAUUGUGACCAUAUUCCACAACCAUAGUCCACAUGUAACAUGAGUUUAUUUGGCGAAUUUAUACACACAUUACGACACACAUUAAAUUCAAUAAUAUUAUUUGAAAUUCACACUUAAGACGUCCAAGUUAGACUAAAGUUAAAAAAUUAAUGUGCAAUAUACUUCUCAAAGUUACAUAGAAAGAGUAUCUGUAAAAAUUUCUGCUACCUGUAAAAUUAAAUUGAGCUUUUAUAAAAACGCAACGAACAUGAUCAGUAACCUACAACGUCUAAAUAGGCUAUAACGAAGUAAUUUUAACGAUUGCUCUUAGAAUUCAACACCAAUACAAGAUGUCAUGAUAUUCUACCCCAGAUAAUUUUCGUAAUUAAAAAAAAUCAUAAAAUUGAGUAAAAGACGCGUAGUGUCAUGAGAUUUUUCAUUCAUUUUAAUAAAAUGAUUUUUUAAAGGAGCGAGUCUUUAAAUUUUAAUUUUAACAUGAAAAUAAAUGCAAGUUGUAUUUUGACAGUAAAAUUUGAUUCUUAAAUGUAAAAUUAGGGUACAAUAUUCUUGAAAGUUAUAUGUGCCAAAAUGUGUUUAUAAUUAUAAUGCUAAUUGGAAUAUUACCUUCAUUGGAAUAUUACGUUGGAUGAUUACUGGUCAUUAACAUACACUGUAUUUUUAUAAAAGUUGAAUUUUCAGUUUUGUAAGUUAGUAUUGAUUUUUACAGGUAUAUAUUCUCUGCGUAAUUUUGAGAUAUAUAUUUUCAGAAACAACAAAACAUAUUGUUAUAUUUUAAAUGGCAUUGCAAUAUUACUAAAGAUGGACAUUUUAUCAUUGAAACGUUUUUGCAAUAUUAAAAUUUUGCGAUGAAAUAUUUCUGCAAUGUCACAUUUCAGUGCUGUUCUAUGGUCGCUCAUUUCCAACUUUGAAGAAGCUAAUUGGCUUUGAUACCAAAAGUGUGAAUAAAGCAAUUCAAACGUCAAUUGCUCUUACAAAAGUUUUUUUGUACAUGUUUCAAUGAUUAGAAAAGAUAUAAUAUCCACCAAUACAAUAUCCCCAGAAUUUCAAAAACAUUGUUUAUAUUAUGCAAAAAAAAUCACUAAAAAUACCCUUGGUUUUUACACCAAAAUUCCCCCUUAAAAAUUAAUAAAUAUGUAGAUUAUUAUAGAAAAUAAUGAUUAUAUUAAUGAAUAAAUAAUGAAUUGUGUUAACAAAACUACAAUUUGCAGUAUUUAUAAAAAUGACUAUUUUUUGAUCCCUCUAAUACAUAAUGUGAAACUCGUCUGGCACGAACUCUAAUCUUGUAUAGGCAUGCCAUUUGAAUCAGUCUUUUAGUCAUUGUUAUUCCUGAUGUUAUUUUAUUUUAUAAAUAUAUUUUAGAUACUACAUCUUGUGUAAUGAGGAGAUAUUUGUUACUAGACGUAAUAAAAGUUGAACAAAAGUGUAUUGAAGUGUCAUGUUAUAUAGUGCAUUAAAAUAUUAAUACAAAAAAA